AUGGUUUUUUGUUCGCAAUGUAAAGAAGGGUUUAGCCCGAUAGAAACUCUCAACAAAAUAGAAAAAUAUGAUUUUUGUAUUCCAAUUUCUCAAUCUCAAAUUGCUGACUGUAAAUACUCACUGAUUUCACAAUUCAAAUGUGUUGAAUGUUUGGACACUUUCAAACUGAAAAAUGGAAAUUGUUCAGAAAAAAUUGACGACAAUGAAAACAAUACAUGCGAUCCACAGUAUUACCUGUCCUCCACCUUUACAUGUGAACCACUUGGCAAUUUAUUUACAAAAUGUGAAUUGACUCUGCCAACAGGUGGUGGAUGUGCAAUUUGCAAAGACCACUAUUACAAACAAAAAACAGACUGCAUUUCUUGUGAUGAGUCGUGUGGUACUUGUGUUGAUGGCACUUCUUGUUUGAGUUGCCGAAACGAAUAUUUCAAACUAUCUGGCAGUGAAAAUAAAUUUUGUGUAUCAUAUGACAACUUGACGAAUUGUGAAACAAAAACGCCGAUUGGGUGUGUAAAAUGUGAGAAUGGAUAUUUCUUAGAUAAUUACAUUUGCAAAAGUUGUUCUGAUAACUGCAUUUCGUGUGACAACGAUCAAAAUUGUAAAAUCUGUGUUGAAAACGAUUAUGUGUUGGUUGACUCGCAGUGUGUGAAUUACAAAAGUAUUGAAUUUU